CAUAUGCAGAGACCAGUUGAAGACAGCUAUCGACCCUUACGACCUACACUACUGUUGCCUUAUUCACCGUUCAUCUCAAACGGCAUAAUUGCGAGCCCCAUCGCCCAUACCAUAUACCUAGCACCCAUGCUUAGCAGCUCGCGCCGUACAUAAUGUGCACAACAGUGAUAUUUCAGUAUAAAUGCGGCUGUGCGGAGCGUGUUGUCUUCGAGUGUCCGUUCUCAUCAACUACUACCCAAAGUUCAACUUCCAGCUUAAGCUCAAGUCCAAGUGAGAGUCUCCGUGCCCACGCACAUCGGAACUGUUCACGACGUUACCAACUCCAGCAGCAAAAGCUGUUUGCUUCCAAAGGAACAACAAAACCAAGCACCAUUCUGUCAUCACACCAGACACAAUCACAAAUGCAGACCGGGAUACCAGUUCUACCCUUUCCCAAGCCGUCAUGUCUGCAAAUCGGAAAGCCAGAAGAACAGAGGAUAGCCGUCACAGAACUUGACGAACUGUGUCACGACUGUUGGCAACUGGAACUUCAGCUUACGAAACAAAGAGAGAGCAAUGACUCCGACACUAUGGAAACAGAUGGUGAUGAACAAGAAGACAGCGGAAUGAAUGCUCGCGUUCUGCGGGAGAUGUUCCUGAAUGAAUUGGUUGUGCCACCGCAAAAUGCAAAUUUAGGGGCGACGUCGUCGGCAGAGAGUUUCCCUGAGAUUGAGCAGGCCUCUCAACAGGACGUACCUUUGGAAGAAAGAUAUUGAGUGGCCGGAGUUAGAUACGUUUAUUGAUUGCACGUGAUUUGGGAGUUAAUUUGGGAGUCGGAUUGCUUUGGCACAGAUUUCGUUAUAGGGUCUCAUUCCCGGCGCUAUGUGAAGCAGGCUUCAUU